AUGUGCCAAGAUCACCAGAGUGCGGGUGACGGCGGCCAUGCUUCGCUCCAGCCCUCGGACAGCUUCCCCUGGCACCUCGGUGCUUAUGACGCACACUGCCACCCAACAGAUACCAUGGCCUCGAUUGACGACCUCGCCAGUAUGCGUACAUCCGUAUUAACAAUCAUGGCGACACGAUCCCAGGAUCAGGAUCUGGUCGCCGAGGUAGCUGCCUCGCACGGCCUCGAAGGCCCUGCAGAUCUCCCAGAUGCCUGCGGCACAUCCAAAGUCGUCCCGGCGUUUGGCUGGCAUCCUUGGUUCUCGCACCAGCUAUACGACGAUUCUGCCGCAGAGCCCACAUACAAGACCAACAGCGACACAUCCCCAGCUGAAGCCAAAAAAACACACUACCGCGCUGUACUGCAGCCUUUGCCCGAUGACGCCUUCAUCGACGGGCUGCCCGACCCGGCGCCCCUCUCCGCCUUCAUCGCCGCCACGCGCGCGUGUCUCGAGGCGCGACCCCUCGCCCUCGUCGGCGAGACGGGCCUCGACAAGGCCUUUCGUCUGCCCGCGCCGUGGGCCGCCUCGGACCCGGACGCCCGCGACGAGAGCCUCACCCCGGGCGGCAGGGAGGGCCGCCGCCUGAGCCCGCAGCGCGUGCGCAUGCCGCACCAGCAGGCCGUCCUCGCCGCGCAGCUCGCGCUCGCCGGCGCGCUCGGCCGCGCCGUCAGCCUCCACGGCGUGCAGGCCCACGGCUUGCUGCACGACACCGUCUCGCGGUGCUGGGCGGGCCACGAGCUGCCCUCCCGGCGGGAGCAGAGGCUGGUCGCGCCCGGCGCCGAGGACUUUUCCAGCAGCAGCAGCAGCAGCAGCAGCGACGAAGGCGAGUCUGAAGAGGAAGAGGAGGGGUCGCUGUCGCAGAGGAUAAAGGCUCUGGAGCUGAAAAAGAAGCAAGCUGGUGGUGGUGGUGGUGGUGGUGGGAAGCCAUAUCCGCCGCGGAUCUGCCUGCACUCGUUUUCGGGCAGCGUCAGCACGCUGGACCAGUGGAUGCGGAGAAACAUUCCCGCCAAGGUCUACGUCUCGUUCUCCACGGCGGUCAACAUGUCGACCGAGGCGAGCCGCUCCAAGAUAGACGACGUGAUUGAGGCGGUGCCGGCCGACCGCGUGCUCAUCGAGAGCGACCUGCACACGGCCGGGGCGGACAUGGACGGCAUGCUCGAGGACAUGUAUCGCCACGUCUGCAAGGUCAAAGGCUGGGAGCUGGAAGACGGUGUGGCGAGAAUACGAAAGAAUUACCAGACAUUCAUAUUUGGUUAA